AUGCAACGGUACACAAACUGUGUGCGAAUUAUAGCCAACCUAUCCCUAUGGGUGGUAUUGGAGGCAAAGCGAAAGAUAGUUUCUCGGCUAACACUACACGACCACAACAGUAUCAAAGCUUACGUCAAUGGCUUUACAAAUGCCGACCAACAUAUGGCCAAAACUAAAUCACAUACAAGUAUUAAUGCUAAUAAUAUUGGCACCAAUGGUGGUGAUGUUGUCUUUGAUAAUGAUGGUAAUCUUAUGGAUUCUUACACUUCUAACACUUCCACUGUUGACAAUGGGUCUCAUGUCUUACCUGACAAUAUUGGCCGCAAAGACAACGAUAGUCUAUAUUUGCAAAAUAAAUUGGCGAAAAGUAGCCGAUUUCAGGCCAGAUCUCAAUUAUAUAAGACAAUAGAAAUAAGUCACUCAACGUUAGGCCGGAGUUGUCUUCAAAGAGCUAUCUGUGAAGUAUCGCAAACACCACUCAUUGCCCCAAAUACUGGACUUAUUGGACAAUUAAUUGAUAUGUUUCUUACUAUUGAUCCAAUACAUGAAGAAUAUAGCGAUGAUAUCGACGAUUAUAUUGAAGCCCAAGCCGUUGGUGUGAAGUCCUAUUUGGCGGACAAGUCCUCGCGGGUAAACAUAAUGGGCACUCGACGGCGGACACUGAGCCCUAGCUUUUCUGCCAAAUACUGCGCGCCAUCGUUCACAUCCCAGCGCUUCGGCGAUGUCGUCGCUGUUGGCGUAGAGGGGCUGAGGGCUUAUGGAGUUGUCAUUUGUGGUCUUGAAUAUGGCAUAGCCCGCGAUAUAGCCGUUCUCGAUGUACCGGCACAGCAGUGA